CCCAGGCGCGCAGGCCCCAACCACACCCAGGCGACGAGCACAGCAGCGGCAGACCCAGCAGCCAGUCAGCCAGUGUCGUCCAAGCCCCCGCACUGCCGCCACCACCAGCCGCUCACACCACAGCGCCACACUCACCGCCCUCCUCAGUCAGCGCGACGACACCUUCCGGAGGCCAGCGUUGGGGCCUUGAUGGUGUAGAGCAGACCACCCACAGCCCCCCAGCAGCAGCCCCUCGGCUCCCGUCACAGCCCCUCGUCACUUCCUCCAGCAAGACCCCACCGCCGCCAUGAUAAUCGGCCUUGUGCGAGACUCCUUCCUCCGCUGCUUCUGCCAGACCUGCUCCGUCAACUCGGCGCUGCCAGCAGGCCGGUACCACAAGAAGCCCCUGAAGAAGAUCCAGAAGAAACCAAAGUGCAAACAGCCAAAGAAGGGAAGGAAGUAUGUGGCCACUGAGAUCAGGUGCGAAGAGAAGUCUCGCGGUGGCAUGUGCUACGAGGUGAUCCUGGCCGAGCCCUCCGCCGACAAGCCCACUCCCCCGAGCACCUCCCCCCGCCCCAAGAGCAUGACGGCUGAGGAGAUCGAACAGAAGCUCCUGCAGGCUGAGGAACGCAGGAAGUCCAUGGAGGCUUCCCGGCUGGCCAGCGUUGGGGAGCGCAUGACAAGGCUUGAGGAGGCCAGUCGCAAGCGUGAGGAGAACACCGCUGCCUUCAUUGCCGCCACACAGGCUGCUCUUGAAGAUAAGCUGGACACCACCACCAACAACCGUGAAGCUUACCUCAACGGACUGCGCGCCAAGCUUUCCGAUCACCUGAACAACGUUGAUGGCGUUCGCAAACAACUGGAGGCCCAGACCAAUGAUCUCCGCCAGACCAUUGAGGAUAAGCUGAGGUCUGCUGAGGAAAACAGGACUGAGAACCUUGGCAAGAUGCUGGAGAAACUGAAGGAGCAUGAGGACUAUGCUCAGAAGGUGCGUCUGGGACAUGAGGAGGCCAUCAGGCAGCUUGAGGAGAGGAUCCAGGCGAAGAUUGCUGUGGCUACCAACAAGCGCGAGUCCGAGAUUCUCAAGAAACUGGAGACCCUUAGGGAACAUUCCAACAAGAUCACCGAGGCGCAGGAACUCAUCAACCGGAGACAGGAGGAGGCCAAGCAGCAGAGGGCGCAGGAGGUGGCCGCCAAGGAGGAGCGCAUCAAGAAGAUCCAGGAUGAGAAGGAGGCCAAGAGGCAAGAGUUGACCAAAGAAAUCACUGAAAAGCUUGAGCUGGUACAAGAAAACAAGAACAAGGAAGAGGAGGAAAUCAAGAAGAAGGCGAUGGAGAAGCUGCAGAAGUUGGAGAUUGCCGACCGUAACCGCCUGGAGCUGGCAGAGAAGGCGAGGAAGGCGUUAGAGGAACAUGAUCGCCGUGCCGAGAUGGUGCGAGCCAACAAGGAGCGCAUCAUGGCAGCUGAGAAGCAGGAUGCUGCCUCUUCUGGCUAAGCCCUCAUCCUGCCUCUCCACUCCCUGCCCCACCCCGCCCCAGCCUUCCCCACAUCCCCUUCAGCCCCACACCCAGGAAACCCCCAACCACUGCUACCACAGGAUGGCCAGAGCUAUCGGGGCUGUGCUGGGCUAAUCCCCACCCCCUCCUCACUCCUCCCAUGGCCAGUCCUGUCCCCUUCCUCCCCUUACUUAUAGUCACGUUAUUACCCGUUAACUAGGAACCGAGAGCAUUUGGGUGACCGAAGAUGCUGUUCUUCCCUCCACUGCUCAAGAGUCUUGAGCAAGCUGCAGCCAUAGUUACCAAGCCCCAGGGACGAGUAUUUAGUCUCGCCUCCCUGGGUUUCUCCGCAGAUUUGGUGUUCCCCUGAAGCUAACCAGCCCCUUGUGUAAUUUGCCUUCUGAUAGGUUCACCGUGAAUCUGGUGUUAAGCCACAUGCAAUGAUGUUCGCUUCUACAUGAGAUGCCUGUGUGCGCUCGGCUUGGCAGCACGGCGACGGCGGCACGUCGUCACCGGCCCCGCCGGGCCACGAGUGAUAGCUAAUGUUAAGGGUGAUCAUGUCUAGGUACAUACUCUUGCCUCUUACUGCCAGUUUUAUAAGUUUGGACGUCUCUGUCGCACGUCUCUGGGGGUGACAAGAGUGGGCUGAGUGCCGUGUCCUGAUGGUAGGCACCCUUGAGCACCGGAGUGGAGGGCGAGGGCUUGGGCUGGGCUGGGCCAGGCAGGAGUGGAGAGAGAGAGAGAUAGGCCAUGCCCACCUCCUCCUUCCCUCCCUCCCUCCUAACGCAACAACACUUCUUCCUCAGACCUGUCCACACUGCCUUCCGCUCUCCUGUGUUUGUGGCAUCUUGCCCAUAGCGCCUCUGCAAUAGUUCCAUUGUUGUACAUCGGUGUCCUUGACCUCCCUACGGUUUCCGAUAUCGUGAUAUUCUCAAUUAAAUAUUUAACGUUAAGAUUCUUGUGAUCUGUCUUUAGUUCUUAAGGAUUUUUCUAGCCAAGAUCAAAACUGAAAGACUGUAUUGUGAGACUGCCUUGUAUCACUCCCAGUACAGAUUUUAGUUUUAAUCUUUGUACAUUGUGUAAAAAUGUUUUAGUUAGCUAAAAGGAAAGAAUGAAUCAAAUUUGAAAGCUUUUUUGCAACAGCAGGCAGUUACAUAACUAUUUUAUUUGGAUUUUAAAGUCUAAGGAUUGCAUUUAGCAUAACAUUUAAGAUAAGCACCGUACAUUAUUGUAUGUGCAUGGAAGUUUGGCAAAACUAAAACCACUCAUUUAUGACAAGUUAUUUUUAGGGAGAAUGAUGAAAGCUCUGGAAUAUAUCAAGUGGUCACACCCAAGAAUGACUGUUUUUGUUCCCACAUUACCCAAUAAGUGAUCUCCUACACCUGCCCACCACUACCACACCACACCACCACCACACCAUUACCACAGCCAUGACAGCCGCCGCCCUCACCCCAGGCAGGCGGCUUGUCAAUCCAAUUAUUAGACUAGUUUUUAUGGGUAUUUUGAUAAUCAUGGCUGAUCCUCAAGCUGCAUGGGGGACGUUGGAGGUGGGGUGAUGUAACCAAAGAGAUACUGCAGCCAGAUCAGCCUAGAGGCACACUAGCCGUCUGAACACCAAAGGAAAAUGGCAGGAGAAGGAAGCUGGAGUGACGGGUUUUGCUGCAGUCACUCGUACCAUCACUUUCCCUUCUCCUCCUACUCCUCCUCCUACCCAUGAAUAGGAUACAAGAAGGGGUCCACCACCUGAAAUAGACAUCAACUGGUAUGAAGAGUUAAAAAAAAUAAUGUACUUUUUGAUUUGCAUAGUGGAAGUUUUUAUCGUUCUUUUCACGGCUUGUGGCCAGUUUGAUUCUUAAAAUCUUUAUCGUUUUAUUUGCGUGUCUGCCUCUUCGUUUUGCGUUUGUGUUUUGUUCUGUGGCAAGGCAAGGCAAGGUUGCUGGAAUGAGAGGACUGAAGGGAAGAGACUUGUUCUGGGGCGUCUCGUCUUAAUUUUUAUUGAUGGAUCACAUUACGGACUCUCUAAUUACUACCACUUGCGUUCUGAAAAGGCGGCCGGCAUGGAAGUAUACUUGUCGGUGCUGCUCUCCUGUCCAUCCAUACAAGUAACUAAAAAGGUGCACAUUCCCUCCUCUGGAGCUGACUUGGAAGUUGGUCGUUCCAGUUUGUUCUCAGGCUCUUGGUAAGGGAGUGACUUGAAAGAUAAAAGGUACUCUUGUCCUACCUAUUGGCUUGUGUGCGUUGGGGAGUGACUGCUCGUCUCUGUCCAUCGCAUUGCUGUCUUGUUUCCUGCGUGAUGAGAUGAUGGGACUUGACUGCACUGGAUUAAGUCCAUUGGAUAAAAAGAAAAAAGUGAACUAAAUUUUUCUUUUAAUUUUCUUGGAGUAUGGCAGAUUUUUUAGAUUUUUUGAUGAUGGUAAGAGGUUUUUAAAGGUACUUCUGUUCUUGGGUGAUGAUUGACGUUUUAGUUUUUCCCCCCAAACCACACCACAAAAAAAGAGCACAAAUUGCCCGUGAACCCAAUGGAAGUGGUAGGAAAUGAGAAAUGUUUGAAUGGCCAUGAUGGUAAAUUUAUCCAGUUGUUCCAGAAGCUUCCCCCAAGCCUGGUUUGUGAAGGAGUGCAGCAAGGUUUUCAGUUAGUCAUAACCUUUUAAUUGAAGCUCUAUUUUUGCAUACCAAUAUUUGUAUGUGUUCGCAUUCGCGGUAUGGUAUAUUCCACAUCAAUAGUGCUUAAAUAAAUGGUAGUCAUUA